AUGUCUAAAAUAUUAAGAUAAGAUUACGAAGAGGUGCUUAAAAGGAAUCCUAAUGACAUUAAAUCUAUGAUAGCAUUAGGUUGUGAUUCUUUUGAUUUAGGUUAAUAACUCUUACAAUAAUAAAAAAUGAAUUAAGCACUUUAUUGGUUUGAUGCAGCAAUAAGUUUGGAUCCUAAUAUGGCUGAUUCUCUAUGUGGAAAAGGUAAUUACAUAAUUAUUAUAUAUAUAUAAGGUGAUGCUUUGUAAUUAUUCGAUAAACAUUAGAAAGCAAUCUAAUGGUAUGAUCGAGCAUUGGGUAUAGCACCAAAUCAUGUUCCAAGUUUAGUUGGAAAAGGUAACUUACUAUUUUAAUCAAAUUUAUAGCUAAAGCACUUUAUCAAUUAGAAAUAGAUUUUAAUAAAUUUGCAAAACGUAUUGCAAUCUUUAAUUUUAUAUCUAGCAAAACUCUUAAAUAAAUAAAAGACAUAAUCUACUCUCAAUGAAAGAGGUAUUACACAAAAAUUAAUUUUCUUAAUAUAGAUUCAUUAGAAAAGUAAAAGCAUGAAUAACGUUUCAAAGAAAAAGGUAUUAAAUUAUAUAUCUCUUAUUAGAAGAUCAAAAUAAAGAAAAAUUAGAAAUUCGUCUUAAAGAAAAAGGUACUCUCUAAAUAUUAUAAAAUAGAAAAGAUUAAUUUAAACAAACAAUAAGAAGUUUAAUUAAAUGAUAAAGGUAAUUAUAAUUAAUAUUCUUAAGCUAAAGCAUUACAUUAAUAUAAAAUUGAAACAUUGCUUCAAGGAAAGAGUAUUCUUCUUUUUAAGAUUUUAGCUAAACCUAAACAUUAAAUUGAGUUGGAGUAAGAAAUUGAAUUAGAACUAGAAUCUUAAAGGUACUUUGAUUAGGCAUUGUCAAGCAAACCUAAUCAAAUAUAGGCACUUACUGGAAAAGGUAAUGGACUUUUAUUUAAUAUUAGGACUUUGCAUUAAUACCUUUUCUAAAUAAUUUGAUGCUGAAAUUAUUAUAAAUAAAGCCCUAUCUUUACCAUCUAUUUAAGGUCAUAAUGAUAAACAAUCUGAUAUUUAUGCAGCAAAAGGCACUUUCUUGAUUAAUUUUAGGGGAUAUUUUAUUAAAUCAAUAAAAAUAUACAGAAGCCAAUAAUUUUUAUGAAAAAGCAUUAGAUUUAGAUCCAAAUCAUAUUUAAAGUAUAUUUGGAAAGGGUAUUAAUUUCAAAGUGAAAAUAGGCUAAUACUUUAGAUUAAUAGAAAAUUAUGAUGAUGCUAUUGAAUAGUAUGAUAAAGUGAUAAAAAUAAAACCAAAUCAUAUAAAUUCAAUUUGGGGAAAAGGUUAAUCAUAUUAUCUAUUGCAGGUGAAUCAUUGAGAAUGUAAGACAAAUUCAGAAAGGCUAUAGUUUAUUUUGACAGAGCUCUAAAAUACCAUCCAAAACAUUUCUUAUCUCUAUAUGGCAAAGGUAAUAAUCUAAGUCAAUAUUUUUAAGGAGAAGCACUUAGAAUGCUUAAAUAUAAUUAUGAUGCUUCUGUUGAAUAUAAGUAAGCUCUAGAAUUGUAACCUAACCAUAUAAAAGCUUUAUUUGGAUAUGGAGAAGUGUUAAAAUUAAUGAAAAAAUACUAAUAAUCAUUAGUAUGUUAUAAGAAAAUUUUGGAUAUUGAUAAAGGUAACAUGGAAGCUGUAUAGUUGAAAUGUAAAAUAUUGAUUAAAAUUGACAUUAGAUGAGGUAGAACAUUGCAUUUCUUAAUUAUAAUAAAAGGAAUAAAUUAAUAUAUUAAGAAAGUAAGAUCUUUAAAGCAAUAGUAAAUUUUUUGAUGGUCUUUAAACCAAUACUUUAAAUUUUAGAAAAAAUCUUUGA